AGUCGGGUCGAGCGAGAUCCUAGAUCCUAUUACCAUAUUAACCAUCAUCACCAUUAUUUGUUAUCGAUACCCUCACAACUUUGCUGCGACAACAUCAACCAUCACUGCUGGACACCAAACUGGAGAGCGUCACACUUCCGAACCUACAAGAAGGUAGCUCGACGACGUCGACGGGUCAUACGGGAUCGCCCUUGCUCGAGGAGUGGUUGAAUCAUCCUCGACGUCGCUGGUCCAGAUCGUCGUGACGACCUUAAAAGGGAGAUCAACAACCAUACAAGUAUAUACUGAAGUGGUCAAUCUCGUCACUUCAUCGAACUCUGCUAUAUCAUGCAGAAUCCCCAGAAUCCCAAUCCUGCGCCCUCGGCAACGGGGCCGACAUCCACCCCUGCAUCCUCUCAACCCACUCAGCUUAAACCAAACAACCUUCAACCUCAACCUCGACCUCAACUUCAAUCUCAAUCUCAACCCAUUCGACCACCUGCACAAAUGCAACCUCAAUCUUCAGCUCAACAGAUCAAUAGACCUCCCAGUCAGAACCAAGCCGGACCACCUGCCCCCUCGACAGCUUCGAGCACGUCGGGCUUGUUAGAUCGUACGGGGGACAAGGCGAGGUCGGGACCGGCGGGUGGGCCUGUGUCGGGUGGCAACAUGCAGGGGUCGACGAACGGGCCAGGGCCGGGGCCGGGGCAGAUGAUGAAUGGAGGUGGCGGUAAUGUUCGACCUGGACCUGCUCCGGGGGGUCUGGGCCAUCCUAAUAGACCUACCAAUAUUACCAUCCCCUCCGCCUUCCCUGCCAUCCCGAAUUCGAACGGAAAUGGACAGGGACCUCAUCAUCCUCCCAACUCUGCUCUGAACACCCCGGCUGGAUCGACAGCGAAUACUCCUACUGGGACAUCUACAGUUGGCGGUCCCAAUUCCAACUUUACUCGUACAAACAAUAACAACCCUUCUUCCAACUCCAACUCCAACUCCAACUCCAACUCUACCUAUCAACCGUCCCACCCGACACGCAUGAUCGGGCAAAACGACCGGAGCGUCGUGGGUCAAGGAAGGUUGUUUGCGGAACCUUUGGCCAAGGAGAUCGCUAGGACGCAUAUCGAAAGGGCGGGGGGCAGGCCCAAAGUCAACAAUAACAACAAUAGUAGCAGCACUCAGAAUCACGGGAACAAUUACGGUUACGAUGUCAAGGGGAUGGUCAUGGCCGACAGGGCUGUGGAAGGGAUGUUGGCUAGCAUGAUGCGGUCGGCGAAUCGGAUCAAGGAGCAUAGGGUGGCGUAUACGAACCCUCGAGUUCCACCUUUCUGGCCUUCGUCUUCCACAUCCGGUUCCACCGAUGCCGGGGCGAAGGUGGGGGUGAAGAAGGAAUCUGGUGGACAGGAUGAGAUGGACGUCGAUACCAAGGAAGAAGGUGGGGCUAAACAAGAGGUCCCGAUGUGGAAGAUCGAAGUCCUCGACGACCCUCGCAAAGAUAUCUAUACUGCCCAUGCUUCUAUCGAGGAGAGUGAGAAGGCCAAGAAGAGCGCGAGGGUCAAGGAGAGGAUAGAGUAUGAUCAGAGGAAACGUGACGAAGCCGAGGGAAGGAUCUUGGGGAUGGGGAUGGAGGUGGACGAGGUGAAGGGGGAGGGAGAAGGUAUGCAGGUCGUUGGGAACUCGGGAGGAUCGGCUGUAGGGGCUUCGUCUGGGCCUUCCACUCCGGGACCUGGAGCCGGAGCUGGACCUUCCACCCCGGGCUUGGUCGCACCCGAUUCGCUGAGCACCCCGUCGAACAAGAAGAAGUCUACCAAAAGAAACCCUCAGGCGGAACAAGACCUGGCCGCCCGUCGAGCCGACGAAGCCAUGAGGAAGGAGUCCUCACGGGCCAUCUCGUCGAUCAAGGGGAUGGGCAAAAAGUAUUCCUGGAUGACCGGUGGUGGGGUGGGGGCUAGUCCGAAGACACCCCUGAGCAAGCUCGGAGUAGGCGGAUUGGGCAGUGGGGGGAAGAACAGGAGGACGAGCAUGUUGGUGGAUGGCAAGAUCAAGAUCGAUUCGGGGGGUAGUGGUGCUUCUUCCCCCUCGACCCCUGGACCGGCGGGCAUGAGGGGCAACAAGCGACCGUUCGAUGGGACUCCUUUGAGCAUGUCGAAGCGGACCAAGAAGGGGUCGGGCUUGAUGAACGAGAUGACUUUGGGGACCGCUCCGUCAAAGCCGAACCCUUACGAGUUUGUCAAGGUCGACGACAAGCUGGGGAUGAACGACGUGAUGACGGCCUUCCGGCGCGAGGUCGUCAGAGGGGGUCCUAAUCGGGCCAUGUACGAGAAGAAGUAUUUCGAAAUCAUGGUCCUCAUGGCGGAAGCGGCCCACGAGGAGUGGAAGAAGGAUAACGCUGGAUUGGGGGGAAGCACGAUUGCGGGUGGGAGUUCGCUCGCCCUGGAUUAGAAUAGCGAUGAAGGAGUGAAAGGAAGGCAAUUUACCGGAGAAUCCACCGAGACUCGGAUGGAGGAUCGGUUUGAUGAGAUGGCGUCAGAUCCAUAAGAUGGCGUCAGUGGGGAAAUGGGUCAAGCGCUGCGCAUCGCUUCGCAGUAUGAAUGGAUGGCCCGUAUGGCAGCGCGGUCGUGCUGAACUCGUCACAUGUCCACGAAAGCCGGAGAAGCAUGCAUCAUGUCUUCCUGCCUGAAGAGGGAGGCGGGCUUCUACAUCGAAAUUUCACGAAAACGAAAACAGCCAUGUAUACACUAUCAAUUAGACGACAAAGCAACACAUUGAGAUGGAAUGAUCAUGCUUCUUCAGGCCUCGUAGUUCGUGGAACCGAGGC